GCAGGGCGACCUUACCGUCAAAGCUCCGGGAUGCCAUGGGGCGUCCUCUUUGGCGGCUUCUGGACACUGAGCCACUAGAGGGCAUCGGUCUCGACAGGGCUGGACGGCAGGCGCCAGGUUACCGCCACGCUCUCAAUGGCGCCCGCAAGGGGGCGGGGUGGCAACCGCAGUCGCUUUGGCUGAGGCGCUGCGGUAAAAGGAGGGGGGGCAGCGCGCGUCAUCAGUCUGCGCCACCUGACUCCAGAGACCCUGGGUUUGGAGUGGGAAGUGAAGUGUGGGCAGUCCGUCGCUUUCUGAUGAACUCAUGGGCUGUCGAAUUGGGACCCGAAGGGAAUCUGGCGCCUGGAGGCUGGUGUUUGCGCCCUAAACUCGCUUUUCAGGCGGACUGACUGUUGAACGGACUUGUCUGCCACGCGUGCACAUUCUAAGUACAGGAGAUUGAAUCAGUUCUCAGUAAUGGGAAGAACCUACAUUGUAGAAGAGACUGUUGGCCAGUAUCUUUCAAACAUCAAUCUCCAAGGAAAUGCUUUUGUCUCUGGGCUUUUAAUAGGACAGUGUUCUUCACAAAAGGAUUAUGUGAUUCUUGCCACUAGAACGCCACCCAAAGAGGAACAAAAUGAGAACCUCAAACAUCCCAAAGCUAAGUUGGAUAACUUGGAUGAAGAAUGGACCACAGAACAUGCCAACCAGGUAUCCAGAAUGCUGCCAGGGGGACUUUUAGUCCUUGGAGUAUUUAUAAUUACAACUUUAGAAAUGGGAAAUGAUUUUCAAAAUGCCCUGCGGAGACUAGUAUUUGCUAUGGAAAAAUCUAUGAAUAAAAAGAGACUGUGGAAUUUCACAGAGGAAGAGGUCUCAGAACGAGUGACACUUCACAUUUGCUCUUCUACAAAAAAAAUAUUUUGUCGAACUUAUGAUAUCCAUGAUCCAAAGAGUUCAGCAAAACCAGCAGAUUGGAAGUAUCAAAAUGGGCUAUCAGCUUCAUGGCUUUCUUUAGAGUGUACAGUUCAUAUUAAUAUUCACAUCCCGCUGUCUGCUACUUCUGUCAGCUAUACUCUGGAGAAAAAUACAAAGAAUGGACUUGCACGCUGGGCCAAGCAAAUAGAAAAUGGUGUUUAUUUGAUUAAUGGACAAGUUAAAGAUGAAGAUUGUGACCUAUUAGAAGGACAGAAAAAAUCUUCUAGAGGAAAUGCUCAAGCGACUAAUCAUUCCUUUGAUGUCAAAGUGCUAACACAGUUGCUUCUGAAUUCAGACCACAGAUCCACAGCCACAGUCCAGAUCUGCAGCGGCUCUGUAAACCUAAAGGGUGCUGUGAAAUGCAGAGCUUAUGUUCAUAGCAAUAAACCCAAGGUUAAAGAUGCUGUGCAGGCAGUGAAGAGAGAUAUAUUGAAUACCAUUGCUGACCGUUGUGAAAUACUAUUUGAGGAUCUGCUUAUGAAUGAAAUUCCAGAAAAAAAAGAUUCUGAAAAAGAGUUCCACAUCCUCCCUCACCGAGUUUUUGUCCCCAUUCCGGGAUCCACUGUAAUGUUAUGUGAUUACAAAUUUGGUGAUGAGUCAGCUGAAGAAAUCAGAGACCAUUUUAUAGAGAUGUUAGAUCAUAUGAUUCAAAUAGAAGAUUUGGAAAUUGCAGAGGAAAUAAACACAGCUUGUUUGAGUUCAUCUAUGAAUACUGAAGCUUCAUUGGACAGCACAGAUGAUGAACAACCAAAACAACCAAUUAAAACUACAGUGUUAUUGAAAAUUCAGCACAACAUAGGUGUGGUUGCAGCAUUUGCAGUGGCAGUCCUUGCUGCGGGUGUCUCCUUUCAUUACUUCAGUGAUUAGGGUGAGACACAGAGAGCUUCCUGUCAUCCAGAGAGCACUGACCAACAAUUAUAAAUAAUAAAGAUGAAACAAUCCAUCUGCAUUUAAGGCAAUAGCAGCCAGAUUUGCUUCCAUAAUGCCUAUUAGGUGUGUUUCUGACUAAAAUGAAAUCACCAACUGCCUUGUGCUUAUAUUAUAGAUGGCUCAGGCUUCCAAAAAUAAAGUUAUGCAUCUAGAUGGAA